GUUCUUAUGUUUGGUUAGUGGUGAUAAAGUGUACAUCUAUUACGAGUAAAUCUACGUACGAAUUAAUCAUAUAUGCGCACCGGAAGUUAUCCCCCUUUUUAAACUAGUAAAUUGAUGCAAUCAGACGCUUUUUUAAGUCAAAAAGAAUCAAAGGCCAUCGACGUCCCCGGGACCGAAAUUAUGCCGCCGGUUAGAACCAAAACGACUCAAAGAGCGUCCAGGAAGCGAAGGGAGGCUAUGGGAACCCCAUCGAGAGGCAGAGGGCAACGGUGCAGACAAAGCACCAGGCCAAACCACUCGCCACCACGCCGGGCCCCGGUCGAGCCAACAGAUGCUGAUGGAAUUCCCUCAGAAGCUCCUCCCACGCCAUCCGUGAUAAUCGAACCCACAUUGUCACUACCAACAGACAAAAGCACCCCUGGAACUUCCAGUGGAGGCGGUGCAAGUACAGACAUGCAUGCAGUAAGUGCGGAGCUACCCACCCAAGUAUCAGGUGUUCAAAGUAAUGGUCUCAUAUAUUCCUUGGGCACAACACCUAUGAAAUUAACAAAUUUGUGUAAACACUUAGUUGGAUAUUCUGACUGCGAUUUCAUAUUCCAGGGUUUUAAGUAUGGCUUUAAUCUCCAAUAUUUGGGCCCCAGGUCACCCCGCGAAUCUUCUAACUUCCCUAGCCUGAAGGCUAAUACAGUAAUGGCGGAAAUUAAAAUUCAGAAAGAAGUAGUUUUAAAACGAGUGGCAGGCCCCUUUCUUCACCCACCGAUUCCAAACUUGCAAGUUUCCCCUUUAGACCUUGUCCCGAAAAAAGACGGCGACAUGCGACUCAUACACCAUCUCUCUUACCCUGAAAACAAGUCAAUUAAUGAUUUUAUAGACCCGGAAGCAUGUACACUCCAUUACAGCAACAUAGAUCAAGCAGCAGAAAUGAUAGCUAAG